UCAUCAUCAUCAUCAUCAUCAACGACAAGAAAAGAGAAAAAAUCAUCCAAUUUGUCCAGAUCUAAAAUGGCCACCAACGAAAUUGUCAAUGUUGGCGGUGGUGGUGGUGGCAGUGAUAUUGUUGUCGGUUGCAAUGCUGAUAAUGGUGAUGGUGAUGUUAUUGAUGAUAAUGAUGAUGAUGAUAUUGAUGUUGGUUUGCCACAAUUUGAAAUGAUGAAAUUUAAGAAUAAAAAUCCAACGUCCAUUGAUCAUUAUCAUCAUUUGAAACAUUCAAAACAAAGAACGAAUCAACAUAGCAGUGAUAAUAAUAGCCAUGAUGAUGAUGUUGGUGAUGUAAUUUCAAAUAAAUGUGAUCCAUUCUCAUUAUCAUCAUCAACAUCACCGUCACGAUCAUCUGCUCAUUCAUAUAAAUCACAUCCAAAUGCAAUCAUAUUGAAACAACGUCAUCAAAAGAAUCAAGAAUCAUCAUCAAUAGAACGACGGAAUGAAAAUCAAAAAUUUCCAAUCAUUUGUAAUAAUAUCCAUGAUGAUGAUAAUCGUAGAUUAUCAGAACAAAUGCCACAAUUGACAACGCCGUUAGCUCAACGAAAAAAUCUUCAUCAACAAUGAUAGUGACAACAUCACCUAUAAAAUCACCAGUGCCCAAAAGUAGUUUGACAAACAUUACCACAUUAUCAUUACAACAACAUAAUUCUUCCAAUGAUCAUAAUAAUGGUAAUGAUAUGAAUAAAUCAUCAUC